AUGAAUCAGCAACCAAACCACAUACCUCAACAGUUUGUAUGGCCCGACCACGAGAAACCUUCCACAAAUGUUCAACCUCUCCAAGUCCCUCUCAUUGACCUCGCCGGUUUCCUCUCCGGCGACUCGUUCUUGGUCUCGGAGGCUACUAGACUCGUCUCGGAGGCUGCACAACAACAUGGCUUCUUUCUAGUUACUAACCAUGGAGUCGAUGAAACGCUCUUGUCUCGUGCCUAUAAGUUUACGGGCUCUUUCUUUAAGGCUCAGAGGACUUGGGGUGAGAGCGCUGGUUACGGUAGUAGCUUCGUUGGGAGAUACUCCUCUAGCCUCCCGUGGAAGGCAACGUUGUCGUUUGAGUUCACUCCCGAGGAGAAGUGUCAUUCCCAAACGUUUAAAGACUUUGUUACUAGGAAAAUGGGAGAUGUAUACGAAGAUUUUGGGUAA